UAUAGAUAUACAAAUAGUUCAGGGGGCGUGCUAGUUUUCUGUAGUAGCAAAAGGUUAUGAAGAGACGAAACUUCUUGUGGAUUAUUUACGGUCUGACGGAUGUUAAAAAUUGUUGAGUGUGUUUUAAAAAUACUGCUGUUGUGAUGCCUUCUGCUAGGGACCCAGAAACACUUUUCGUACUCAGUCAAAAAGUAAUUGUUGAUUUCUUGACAUUACCUUGGCGAAGUAGAAACCAGUUCACAUUCGAAAUUUCGAACCGAAUCAAUUCUAUUUUAUCAUGUAUACCGGCAUCUUUAAUCGAUUCCGUCGUAUCUGGUGUGAUAGAAGAAUUCUCACGACUUAAAACUGUAACAGAAGGAGGUGCUGCCGAACUUUUACUGAAAGCUGUGGCCGUACCACAGUUGCAAGUGUUGGACUGCCGGACGCUUGUCAAGCUUGGAUACGUUUCAGAUGAAGUACGACAUGGUUUUCAGUAUACUAUAGCAGGUUUGAUUCCGUCAUUGCGCAAUUUAGUGCAGUUGUCUUUUUCAACUCACAAGAAUGAAUUCACACUUCCAGUCUGUGAUGAUGAAGUGCUAUGGAACAUAGGCUGCAAUUGCCCUCAUUUGAAGUCUUUAAACUUUAGAUGUUGUAAUCACGUUACAGAUGAAGGUUUAAAGUGUUUAAUACCUGGGUUCUCUGAUAGUACAGGUUGUAAACAUCUCGAAGAAUUAUACGUGUUCGAAAGCUCUGUUACUGAAAAAGGUGUUACUCUCGCACUGGAACAUUUAAAAAAGUUACGAAUAGUCGAUUUCAGAGAACUGUGCACUUCGCUGAUACUUCUGUACAAUAAGUGUAUGACGAAUGGUUCACGCUUGUUGGAGGAUGGACUAAAAAUAACCCAUAUAAAUAAUUUGGGUGUCUGCCGACCAGCACAAAAACUACAGUUCGACCAGAAGAUUGUUAGAAUUUGUCAGAUUUUAUGCCCCAACUUGAGAAAUCUCAAAGUCAGGGUAACUGAUUUUGAUGUUGCACAUUUAAAAAAACUUCCGUCAUUGACAGCUGUAGAAUUCGUCUAUAAUAUUGGUAGGCCGCUGUCUCCUGGUGAAGGGACAGUAAACUUCCUGACGCAGUAUGGCCAUCAAUUGAGUGCUCUAACAAUAAUAUGCAAUUUAUUUGCAGUAGAACUGUUUGUCACUAUAGGUGACAACUGCCCAAACUUAAAAGAGUUAUGGAUCAAAUGUAAUGAACUGUUAUGCAACCCUGAGUGGGUUGCUCCUGUUUCACAAAGAAUAGUGUACACCCAUCUAGAGUCUUUGUAUGUGAGAAUUGGGGAAACUGAGGAUUCAGAGUGCUUUUUACCAUCAGAGGUGUUGGUAUAUAUUUUGAGAUGUAGUUGGGGCUUGAAAUCUCUGCAGCUGAUUUUUAGAAGUGUGUCGGUGGCAGAUACUUGGUUUGAUUCCGUACUGAUGGAGAUAAACACUGGAUCAUUGGAAAAAAUAUUUAUAGCGAUUCCUGGCAGUAACUGCAAUUAUUCUGCUGUUAUGUUGUCGAUGGAAACUGUUGAGAGUAUUAUGAUACACUGUCCAAAACUGAAAGUGUUGGGAAAUUUGUUGGUAUGGAAUGUUACUCGCACACAGGUAAAGGAAUUGAGAGACUGGAUUACUGCCAGAAAUUUAGAUGUGUUAAUUGUGUACAGAUUCAUGAAAAUUAAGUAAUUUCAUUGCCUGUAGCCUUGUAAUUGAACAUUUUUUUAAAAUGUAGGUUAUUGAUAUGGACAAAUGAAAGUUAAACAGUAACUGAAGAUUGGCAUUUGAGAAUUUCAUUAUUGUUUUUAUGAAAGCAGAUGUGGAGUGGAGUGAAUCAUUAAAAAAUACUAAGCAUUGUUUUAUGAAGGACUAAGUAAUUGCCGUUUGCACAGUGAUAACUGACUCAUUCCAGUGCCUUACCCUGCUUUGUUUCUAAGAUUUUUUUAGGGUAUAAGAAACUGAGGUUUUGUACUGUUUUAGACCUGUUGCAAAUAGAAUUUCACAAAUGUGCAAAUGUGUAUUGAAAUUUUUGCAUUUAUUGCUGAUUUUUUAAAAUCAGGUACUUUGGUAAAUGGUUAGACACAACUGGUUGCAUUUGACAGAGCAUAUUGUGUAACAAAUGCUUAUAAUUGGGCUACUUAUCUAUACUUUCAUGUUUGUUGUGUAAUUUGCUUUUCCUUUUGUGCUGAUAGUCAUCGAACAAUUUUAAGGGCACUAACAAUGAAAUCAUUAAAGCAUUAGUUUAUUGCUCGUCUCGAAGAGAUAAGAUCUUCUAUGAAUCACCAUUUCUUUAAUUCUGCAGAUAGUGCAUUGAUUUCAAUUACCAUUUUUUAUUUAACUGCUUUCAUUUUUUGUUCACAGGUAAUUUCGGAAUAGUUUUGUGCAGUUUGUGUUCCUGUAACACACUGUGUUUCAUGAUAAUAUCAUAUAACUAUGUAAACUUAUUUUGUUUUCUUAUAUUCUUCAUUAACUGUGUUCACUUCAGUUAGACAUUGAUCUCGUUAGUCUUUAAGUAGACAAUGUAAAGAUGUCAAUCACUCUACUCUUAAAUUUGUGAAACACUGGUUCUGUCUGAAUAGAAGCUUAAUGGUGCUGCUUUGCCAUCAAGUUUCCAUUGUUAGUACAGCCAAUAAGUAAAAGCUCAUUUACUUUGCUCUUUUUAAUUUUAAAAUCACUCGUGGAAAAGUACUUUUAGGUAAAUUUUAGUGCAAAAAUUGUGUUAUCUAAAUAAAUCUAGAAUUUUUUAACAUCAAACUGCCUGUAUUGAUGUCAUCCUAGGAAUAUUGGGUUUGAUUGUGCAUAUCACUAACUCACAAGGAAUCAGUUUUGCCUGGACCAAAUUAAAUACACUAUAAUCAUCUCGUGGAUUUCAGUGUGCUGAUAACAGCAGCAGAGAAGUAGUGUGUUAAGCCAGAAGGCGACAUGAGUUGUUAAAGCCAAUGAAUGCAGUGUCAUGGAAAAUAACUAAAACUCUUUGUUCUGUAGGUUAAAAUUAUUAGAUUUUGGUGGGUGGCAUAUGGCUGCUAUUUUUAGUCGCAUCAUUGGUCAAAACAGGUUGUGCAAUACAGGUAAAUGAUUUCUGGCAGUAUCAGUUAAGGCUGGAAUGUGGUAGUAAAUUACACAAGCUAAAGCCAGACAACAGCUUAGUGUGGCGUUUACAGUGUUCUGAGGUUUUCUCUUGAGUAUUUAUUUAGUUUUGUGUGUAAAAAAAAAAAAAAAAAAAAAAAAAAGACUAACUUUAAUUAGCAUUUUAAUUAACACAGUAUGAAUAAAUGUUUAUUGUUGAGAUUUCCUUAAGUGUUUAUAAGGAAGCUGUGCAUCACAAAUGUACCUGUACGAAAUUUUGCUCAGUGUAAAGUACCUUCAAAUGUGUACCUAUUUAAUCAUAGAAAUUAAUUUUAA